AUGGACGGACGCUAUGGUCAUGACGAUCAGGAAAAGGUCGAGAUGGAUGUCUAUCGAGGCUAUGGCAACAACAGCAGCUUCGAACACCCCCGGCCAUAUGCUUCAUACUCCCCAUCAAGAGCCUUGACUCCGGUGCGACCGGGCCAUUUCCCUGUCGAUGAGUAUGGCCAGCAUGUGUGGCUUCAGCCCGCCACGCGCAUGUCUGGAAACUCGGACUCGCUCCCAAACACACCCUGGGACUCACGAACACCGUAUGACUCGCGGUCGGCCUCUCCAACACUGUACCAGAACAAUGGAAUCGGCGAAAGCCACAUGAGUCUUGCUCCCCUCGUGACCGAACCCGCUUCACCCGGAUUCGCCAAAGAUUGGGUCAAAUCAGGCUCGAUUGCUCGUCUUUAUGACCGGGACGAUGCGGAAACUUGGAAAGGAUGGAAGCGCUGGGUCUUCGCUCUGGUCCCAUUCCUCACGUUUGCCAACACGGGUAUCUACUUGUUCUAUCUCGGUCUGCGUAUUGCAUGCAUCAUCAUGGCACAGAAUGUGGCCCAGGUCUCGUACGCCGGAGCCUGGGUUUUCGUGGCCAUUGAAAUCACUGUUGCCAUUCCCUCACUUAUGCACAACUGCUGGACGAUGAUGGCGUUGAAGAAGCGAGGCCGCCCAAAGCUGCGCUUGACCGGCAAGGACUGCCCGACUGUCGAUGUCUUCAUUACUUGCUGCGGAGAGGAAGAUGAAGUCGUUCUCGAUACUGUCCGUGGUGCCUGCGACCAGGACUACCCACGCGACCAGUUCCGCAUCAUUGUCUUGGACGACGCCAAGUCCAAGACCCUGGAAGAAGCCUGCAGCCAAAUCGCCAUGAUCUACCCCAACGUCUACUACAUGGCGCGUGAAAAAAUCCCCGGCAAGCCGCACCACUUCAAGGCCGGUAACCUCAACUACGGUCUGGAACAGACUACCCUUCUGCCCGGCGGUGCAGGUCAGUUCAUGGCUGCGCUGGACGCCGACAUGAUUCCCGAACAAGACUGGCUUCGUGCGAUCCUUCCCCACUUGUUGGUGGAUCCUAAGAUGGCCCUUGCAUGCCCUCCUCAGCUCUUCUACAAUACCCCUGCAUCCGAUCCCCUGGCGCAGAGUCUGGACUUUUUCGUGCAUGUUAUUGAGCCGAUCAAGGACGCGCUCGGUGUGGCUUGGUGUACUGGUUCGGGUUAUGUUGUUCGACGCGAGGCUCUCGAAGAGAUCGGCAACUUUCCGCUUGGUUCCUUGGCUGAGGAUGUCGCGACUUCAACGCUGAUGCUUGGCAAAGGAUGGAAGACGGCAUAUGUGCAUGAACCGCUUCAAUUUGGUACCGUGCCUGAGGACUUUGGUGGACAUCUCAAGCAGCGUACACGAUGGGCUAUUGGUACUGUGGACACAGCUGCCAAGCUCAAGUUCUGUCUUUGGGGUGAUGCCGUUCGCAAGAUGACCGUCGCUCAGCGUUUCUCUGGAUUCCUCUACGCCACUCUCAGUGUGUAUACUCUGCUGCUGACAGCUUCUCUUUUCGCCAUUCCUAUCAUCCUCCUGUGGGGUAAGCGCCUAGUCGCCUUUGCGACCGAGGAGCAACUGCGCUGGUUGAUCUGGGCCUGCUUCGCUGCAACCAUCUCCAACCGUCUGUGCGAAAUGGCUCUUUUCAUCCCGGCUGGCUACCACACUGGUCAGCGAGGCUCGCGCUACCAAUUGUGGAUGUCGCCCUACAUUGCUCUCUGCAUCGUGCGAUCCUUCAUCCUGCCCAAAUGGCUCGGUGGUCAAGCACAAGCCUUCAAGCCAACCGGUUCUCUCGGCUCCGCUCUUAAUGAGCGCGAUGCCAAAAAGUCCAAGAACAUGUUUGUCCGACUUCGCGUCAUCCUCGUCAACUACAUGGCCAGUUUCCACCUAGCCUUUGUGUACGUCACUCUCGUGGCAGUGGUGAUCUCCUCCUACCGCUGCUUCGCACAAAACACCAGCUUCAGAGACAUCAUCUUGUGCCUUAUCACGCACGCCUUCUGGCCCCCUCUCACCUUCCUCUUCAUCUGCACUUCCCUCUGGACCCCGGUCUCCUACGCUAUCGAUCCACCCACCAUGCCGGAGCGCGAGGACCUCCUCACCCGUGACCCCAAGACCGGCGUAGCCCAUCCAACCAAGAAGAGCAAGAAGAUCGCCUUCGGUGGCCAAGCCGCGUGGUUCGAACUCGAGUACAGCGUCGCCACCGUGGCGACCAUCUUGGUCUUCGUUUACUCCUUCAUCUUCUAA